AUGACAUCAGCUGAGAGACCGAAAAUUCUCCUGCUAGGAGAAAUCGAUCAUGCUCAUGACACAUGGCGAAACCUUUCCAAUAUUGGAGAGCUUGUAACGCCCAAAGCCACCAAUCGAGCUGAGUUCCUUCAGGAAUGCCGUGAUGGUAAACUGGAUGGAGUGCGGGUAGCCUAUCGGACGUUCGGGUCCGUCUCGAUCACUGGCCUGAUUGAUCAGGAAUUGGUGGAAGCUUUGCCAAAGUCUAUGGAGUUCCUAGCCCACUGCGGCUCCGGGUAUGACCAAGUAGAUGUCGCAGCCUGCAGUGCUCGAUCACCACCGCUGCGGGUCUCCAAUGUGCCUACAGCUGUAGAUGAUUCUACGGCUGAUGUUAGUAUGUUCUUAAUUAUCGGGGCCCUUCGCAAUUUCAAUGCCGGUAUGCAGAACCUGCGAGCCGGCAAAUGGAAGGGUUCCCCCGAGCCAAUUGCCCUUGGACACGAUCCGCAGGGGAAAGUACUCGGUAUACUCGGCAUGGGAGGCAUUGGACGUAACCUCAAAAAGAAGGCCGAGGCCUUUGGAAUGAGCGUUAUUUACCAUAAUCGCAACCAACUGAGUGAAGAUUUAGCCGGAGGAGCAAUAUAUGUAUCCUUUGAUGAGCUCCUUGCUCAAAGCGACGUUUUAAGCUUGAACCUGCCCCUGAACAGAAACACAAGACACAUCAUCAGUUAUGCGGAAUUCAACAAGAUGAAGAAGGGUAUCAUUAUAGUGAACACUGCUCGCGGGCCGGUUCUUGAUGAAGAAGCUCUUGUUAUGGCACUCGAAAGCGGAAGGGUAACCUCCGCAGGGCUCGACGUUUUUGAAGACGAGCCACAAAUCCACCCAAGAUUGCUCAGGAACCCCAAUGUGAUCCUUGUUCCACAUAUGGGCACCUGGAGCGUUGAAGUAAGUUGCCUUCUGUUUGAAUGCCGGUAG